AUGCCGGCCGCAGAGAGGCAGUCGCCGUGGGCGAGCGGUGAGAGGCGGCCGCACUUCUUCAAGGUGCUCAUGGGCGACUUCAAGAAGCGCCUGAAGAUCCCACCAGACUUCUGCAAGCACAUCCCUUGGGAGGCGUCAAGGAAGGCCAAGACGACCCUGAAGGAGGCGUCCAUGGCGGCCACCCUGGAGGGCCCCAGCGGGCGGACGUGGCUGGUGGUCAUCCGCCGGUCCGCCGAGGGCACCUUCUUCACCUCGGGCUGGCCCAAGUUCGUGCAGGACCAGGAGCUGCGGGAGCUCGAGUUCCUCGUGUUCCGGUACGACGGCGACACGCACUUCACCGCCAUGGUGUUCGACACCACGGCCUGCGAGCGGGAGGACCUGCUGCUCGGCGCCGACCCGCGCCGCCGUGGCCGGCAGCGGCAGAGCAACAAGCGGCGCCGCGCGAGGGCCGGGCCCUCGCGUGAUGCCAAUGCCAAGCGGGCCAACAAGGAUUCCGUCGGGAAGGAGCUGGCGCCGUACCGUGCGCCACGUGAGCAGCAGGUUUCAUGCUCCAAUUGGACGCCAGAAUCGGCUGGCGCCGUCAAGACCGAGAUUGAGGACGGCGACGAGGCAGCGCUGUGCGUGAUGAUCCCCACGCCACCGCCGUCGCCGGACCGCGCACCGAAGCGCGGCCCGGAGCCCCAGCAGGUCGAGGACGGCGCGGAAAAGCGGCGCGCGGUGAAAACGCGGAGCAUCCACGAGGACCUGCAGGCGCUCGCGGACAUCCCGGACUCCGUCAGGCGCUACAAGGGGUACGUGUCCCGCCGUCGCCCCGUGACGGGCGCCGAGCGGCAGCGCGCCAUGGAGCUAGCCUACGCGUUCCGGUCGUCGCUGCCCUACUGUGUCAUCCGCAUGAGCACAAUGCACGUCUACUACUCGUUCAUGAUGGUGAGGACGUUACUUGCAUUGUUUCCACCACUCUGCUUGAUGGUGGUGACGACUGACAUACUGGACGCGUUCUCUCGCUUGCAGAGGUUCCCGACGGGGUUCUCGCGGCAGCACCUGCCGCGGGAGCGCACGGACGUGGUGCUCCGGGACCCGGGCGGCAAGGCGUGGGUGGUGCUCUACAUCCCCAACACGAGGGACCGGCUGUCGCGCGGCUGGUGCGCCUUCACGCGGGGCAACUGCCUCGAGGAAGGGGACUACUGCGUGUUCGAGCUCGUGGGCGCGGCCGAGUUCCGCGUCCAUGUCUUCCGCGUCGUCGAGCCGGCCGUGCCGGCGGUCAGGCUCCGGAGCACGUGA